UACAUCGCAGCAUAUUAGCUUGAUUUGAACCUCCCCCUGCUACAGCCGGCAAGCAGCAAAAGCUGCAGAGACCAGCCUAUCAAUGGGACAGGGACGCGGUCAGUGAGUGAGGACUUCAUUGUUUGCCCGGAGGAGCUGCGUGCGGGAAAACUGAUUCUUUAAUCUGGUUUAUCCAUAAGGUCUCUACGUGUGAUUUUUGCUUAUUCAUCCUGAAACUUUCACUUAUGAUUGGCGAUUAUGGGGCCAACGUGUGGUUUCUCUCUGGGAAACAUCGUUCUGGUCCUCCUGCUGUUGUGUGAAGGGUCAGUUGGGCUCUACUUCCCCCAGAAUCAGUACAAGGAGACUGUGUAUGUUGGACAGUAUGCAGGCACACCCGUGCUCCAGGUUCACGCCAUGGUGGAGAGCGACUCUCAACAACCCCACUUCUACCUGUGGUGGAACACCCCCCUGAAGCCUCCAACCUAUGCCCUGUGGUUCCACCUGGAUGAGACCACAGGGAUACUCUCCAUGAAUAAGACCCUGGAGUGGAGUGACUUUGACUCUCGAUAUAAGCUUUGGAUACUGCCGCUGACUGUCAAGGCGGCGACCAGACCCGUCAAGAGUUUCCUCCAUGGCCUCCCUACCGUACGGGUCAUCCUGACCUUCAUCAAUGACACAGUGCCACCGUGUGGCCAGACCAGACCAGAGCUGGAGAAUCUGUGUUUCCCUGACAAGGACCUGAACUCCCACAUUGAAGAGAACAGGUUCCCCGGGGCCAUCCGCCAGCUCAGACAGCUCACCAGGUUAAAUGUCUGCCCCAACUACACCAUCUCCUACAGUGUGGAAUCAGAUGUUCCAGCCCCAUUUGCUAUAAAUGACAACACCACUGAGUUGAUAGUGACCGCUCCUUUGGACCGCGAGGAGAGAGAGACGUACAGUCCCGUGCUGGUCUGCACAGUGCAGACUGAUACAAUGAUAGACAAGUUCUUUGUUACACUACAUAUCAACAUCUACGACGAAGACGACAAUGCACCUUAUGUCAAUGAAACAGACACAGAGGAUGUGGUGCUUGAGUUUGAUCGCAUGGAGGGAAGUUCUUUUGGCAAUUUAUUUGUCUAUGAUAGAGACACAACACCCAGGUAUCCCAAAAACCAGAGUCAGAACAGAUUUGUUGGAUAUAUGAUGACCAAUGACUCAUGGAUAAAUGAAAUGUUCACCAUAGAACACUCUUUCAAAGAAGAGAAGGCCAUUUUUGGCAACGUCCGAGGCACUGUUCAUGAGUUCUGGCUUGCACUAAAGAAGCAUUUGUCUGUAACCGAGAAUAGGACCCUCCAGCUGGAUUACCUGGUCAAUGACACCACAUACCCCGGUCCAGAGGGAACUGUGAUGCUGCACUACAAUAUCACCAUCUUACCUGUCCCCAUCCGCUUCACCAAUGUGACAUAUCUCUUCACCACAACACGUAGAGCUAACGUCUUUGCCCAGGUUGGUAGAAUCUGUGUGGACAACUGCCUGAAGUUCCGGGGCAUCAAUGUCAUAUACCGGCUAGCGGUAACAGACAAGACAGACAAAAAUGUGUCUGGCGACAUACAGUCAUGCUUCACGGCGAUUAGCAUCGCACCGAGCCUCAAGGACAUGGCGGGGGUGCUGUAUGUGAACGACACAGAGGCUCUCCGCAGGUCAGAGUGCCAGGACCUGCAGUACGUGGUCAUUGCUCAAGAGCAGCAGAAUCAGCUGCAGGCUAGCACUCAGAUCCUCAUUGUGCUCGAUAGCAAUAUUGAUAAACAGGAUACAGAGAACCAUUGGUUCCUCUCCUGUGCAGAGGGGCGACAGCGUGGGGACUGUGAGAACAUCAGAGGCCUAGGGGCUACCACAGGGAGGUGCCAAUGGAGACAGGGCUCUGAAAAAGGAAUAUCAGAAAGCUAUUCCACAUGCUCCCCUGACCUCCGCACGUGCCCUGAUGGCUUUUGUGAUGCAGUCGAAAGCAAAGACGCGUCAAUAUGUCCUCAGGAUUGCACAAUUGAACCCAUUAUCGGAGGUCAUGAGAAGGGCAUCAUGUCUGGCAUUAGAGCUGGCUAUGGAACCUGCUACUGCUACUCUGAAAAAUGCUUCUGUGAGAAGGAUGAUAUAGAGGAGGCCAUGUGUGACGACGUCUGCAAAACCAUCAUUGCCACCGCGGUGCUGCUCUCCUUCAUCGUCUCCAUCCUCCUGUCCUCCUACUUCAUCCAUCGCUACCACAAGAACUCCCCCAAGCCCCCCAUCGCCUCGGCUGAAAUGACCUUCCGGCGGCCCGCACAGUCCUACCCCAUCAGCUACUCUGCUAACAAUGUGCGCCGUGGCUCGUUGGACUCUAUGGAGAACCAAGUGGCCAUUGACACCUUCAAAAUACCUGAGGAUCCCAAAUGGGAAUUUCCACGCAAAAACCUGGUGCUUGGUAAAACCUUAGGAGAAGGGGAAUUUGGGAAGGUGGUCAAGGCGACUGCAUUCCGGCUGAAAGGAAAGGCUGGCUACACCACAGUAGCUGUGAAAAUGCUUAAAGACCAUGCCUCACACAGUGAACUGCGUGACCUCCUGUCCGAAUUCACCUUACUGAAGCAAGUCAACCAUCCACACGUCAUCAAGAUGUUCGGAGCUUGCAGCCAGGAUGGUCCAAUGUACCUGAUUGUAGAAUAUGCCAAAUUUGGGUCACUGCGCAACUUCCUGCGUGAGAGCCGAAAGGUAGGACCCAGCUACAUGUCGGGCAACGAUGCCAACCGCAACUCGAGCUACCUGGAGAACCCAGAUGAGAGGACACUCACCAUGGGCGACCUGAUUUCCUUCGCCUGGCAGAUCUCCAGGGGUAUGCAGUACCUGGCUGAAAUGAAGCUUGUUCACAGGGACCUCGCUGCAAGAAAUGUCCUAGUUGCAGAGGGGCGUAAGAUGAAGAUUUCAGACUUUGGUUUGUCCCGGGACGUGUAUGAGGAAGACUCUUAUGUGAAGAGGAGCAAGGGUCGAAUCCCAGUGAAAUGGAUGGCAAUAGAGUCCUUGUUUGAUCACAUUUACACAACACAAAGUGACGUCUGGUCCUUUGGUGUGCUGUUGUGGGAGAUUGUGACACUGGGCGGAAACCCGUACCCAGGCAUCGCCCCUGAACGCCUCUUUAACCUCCUCAAGACUGGCUACAGGAUGGAGAAACCAGAGAACUGCACGGAAGAAAUGUAUAAUCUAAUGCUUCGAUGCUGGAAACAGGAGUCAGACAAAAGGCCCAUAUUCGCAGACAUCAGUAAAGAACUGGAGAAGAUGAUGGUGAAAAACCGGGAUUACCUGGACCUGGCGGCGUCCACGCCAGCCGACGCCCUGCUGUAUGACGACGCCCUCUCCGAAGAGGACACACCCCUAGUGGAUUGUAAUAACGCCCCUCUCCCACGAACCAUUCCCUCCACAUGGAUUGAAAACAAGCUUUAUGGCAUGUCAUACCCGAACUGGCCUGAGAAGAGCCCGGUACUGCUCAACAGACUUGAUGCCACUAACCCAGUCUUUACAAGAUAUGCCAAUGAUAGUGUUUAUGCAAACUGGAUGGCUUUGCCUUCACCCGCAAAAAUUGUGGACAACCUUGAUAGUUAAAAGCAAAAACUAUUGUAGAAAAUAAAGAUUCCUAAUUGGGUAGAUGUGUAUAUUUAUAUAAAAACUGUACAUAUACAAUCUAAAGUUGGUUCCCUUUUUAUUUCUGUUGCACGAGUAUUCCAAGUUAAAACUGGGGGAUUUAAAAAGUAUAUUUGCCGCAAAAUGGCUGGAAUUUCAUAAACCAUGCUUCAAGCAGCUCUUCGGUGUGUUAAUCAUUACCUCAAGGUCAUGUUGGUCAAGUAUCAUUGCAUGACCGUAUACCAGGUUGUAUGUCAAUGUUAAUGUCUUUCAAGUGCCUGUGCCGCUUCUACGAUAGCCUCUAAUUAGUAGUAUGCGACUGUGAAGAUCUUGUUUCCAGCCAAUGAAUUAAAGGGGAGUUCUGUACCAUCACCUGUCCUAUAUCGUAGACCUGUGAGGUUAAGGUGGACAAAGUGUGGACACUGAGUUCAUCCAGAAAAGCUGCAAAGUUUCUACUUGAUAGAAUCAUGUUCUUUGAAAUGUAAAAGCUGCUUUUGUCUUUCCCCUUUAACGUUUCCAAGUAUACUUGCCAACGAAAAAUAAGAGAACCACGUUUAGUUGAAGACGUUCUUUCUUUUACACCAAAAGUAUCAAAAGUGAGUGCUACUGUGUCGUUAGGACGUGAGACUAUAAAAUAUAAAAUGUGGGAAUGUCACAACUGCAGCUUGCCAUUUGAUUCCUCGUAAUGGCAAUCUUUGUGCAACAGUUAUCUAUGAUUUUGAAAACAAAUGAAUGUUAUUAAUUGUUAUGUUGUUAUUACAUGAUUAUGUUGCAAUCAAUAAAAAGUUCAAAUAUG